AUGGCAGCCAUGCGACUUCUGGCAACGUGCCUUGCCCUAGCUGCCGCAGAUCCUUUGCUGCAAGAUGACUGUGAGGAGUGCCAAGUUGACUUGCGCCAGCUUCGAGCUGGACUUCUCAAAGAGGUGCCAGUUCCAACGAAAGAGGAACCAGUCGAGCCUGCCGUACUUGCUACGGUGAAAAAGGCUCCUGUUGUGGAACAUUUGGUCUAUGGCGCCUCCCCCAACUUUUGCUUGUCCAGCGACGGGAACCGCAUCAAAAACAACGUCAAGCUGCACCUCUGGGAGUGUGAUCGCAGCUGGACGAGCGUGGGCCAAAACUUCCACGUGGAUGAGGCGGGCCGGAUUCGGAGCAGCGCGGAUCCUGCAUACUGCGUGGUCAUUGACGGGGAUAAGUCCGUGAAUGGUGCCAAGAUCCAGCUGUGGGAGUGCAAUGACGCCAACGAGAAUCAGCGCUGGAGCGUCCCCAAUCAAGGACAGAUCCCCUCCCACAGCAACUACGACAUGUGCCUGGUCGUGGAUGGCAACCACGCCUCCAACGGUGCGAAGAUCCAACUUUGGUCUUGCGGCGCCUUAUCGACGGAAGCAGCGAAGCUGCAGGACUGGGUUAAGGUCACGCGGGCUCCAUCGGGCCGCGCAUAUGCCACCCCGCACGAGGACUAUGCCUGCCAGGCGCCCUUCAAGGCGGUGGAGCAGGCGCAGUGCGCGGAGGCGGCAGACACGUUGCAGCCGGGCGAGGGCUGCUAUGGCCAAGGCUGGGCCCAGGUGCUCAGAGAGGCGAGCCAGCCCAGCUGGCCCAAAGGCUGCAUGUUCUACGGGGCUUGCCGGGGUGGCUGUAGCCUCUACUACAACUCGGAGGGCACGGGCGCCAAAAACCCGGAUCAGGGGAACUGCCUCAGCAGUUCACAGUUGGCCGUCGUGGGAGGUUUGCCCUUUGCAUUGUGGAAGUUCUUUCAAACUGCGGUGCCCACCGAAGACUAUGACGAGGAGAAUGGCCUGGUCACAGGUGACCCUCGGCCUCCGCCCCCUUCAAGGAAGAUCUCCAGCAAAUUGCGGCGUCGCAUUACUGCAGCAGAUCACCGAAACCCGCAGGAGGACGAGGUCAGCUGGAAGUUGGUGGCGCUGGGUCUCUGCUGCUGCCUGGGGGUGGUCGCCACGGGCGCUUCCCUGGCGGUCUUGUCACGGCUCGGGGAGACGGCCCAGGACCUGGAGGGCGCCGGCGGCUCGGGCCGACCGCUUCUGGCGGUCUUCGGGCUACGCCUCGUGGAACCUCAGCAGGCGCUGCCCAGCGACAACGCUGUGGCCUGGCUGGCGGCGCGGCUGCUGCAGGACCAGCCGCUGCCAGCGGCGGCGGCGGCAGGCGACUUCGGCUUGCCCGAGGCAACCCCCCGCUUGCUGCCGGACGGCGAUCUGGUGCAGUCCUGGCACCCCAAGAAGCGAAGGCAGCGGCUCCGCGCAGUGGUGGUGGGGCCGAUUGCCGACAUCCUCCAGGCGCAGCACGACCUGGGCCCUCCGGAGCUGCGGACUCCCAAGGGCCAGACCGCAGCUGAUGCUUUCCUGCACAUUCGGGAGAUGAUGAGCGAGGGCAAGUCCUCGACGGACGGUGCCACCGAGGCGCAGCUGGUCUUGGUGUCGCACCCGCAUCAGCUCCCCUACUUGUCCCUGAUGGCUGCUGCUGCAGGGUUCCGGCGCGUGGCAGUUCUUGACCCUGCGCUAUUUGGGGCCAUUCCCUGGCAGACCUUUGGCUGCAGCUCCAACGGCUACGGCCUGAGGGUGGACAGCCAGGCCGCGCUGGCACAGGAGGCUGUCCGGCUAGAUGCUUACGUCGCUCAGCUCAGGGAGACCGAGCCUGACAGGCUAGAGCGCCUUCAGCCGCUGCUCGGGGCGGUGAAUGCGACGCUGGCCUUCUACAGCUGUGCGGCCUCACAAUCCGCUGAGAGCUGCACACGCCGGCCAUGA